CGCCAGUGCGAUUUCGUUGAUCGGCAGUCGCAGUCGUUGUUGGGCCGUCCGAGCUCUGAGACAUUGACACUUCCCCAAUUUAGUACUUUCUAAGCAUGUAUACAAAGUUGAUCGUAGAAUCUAAGGAGAGUGGUUUCGUUAACAACGUGUGUCUUAUAUCUGCGAGUAGCUCGUUUGUGUUACAUAUUCCGUGCGUCAGAAAAAAACCCACGAACUAAGGCCGCCGCCGCCGCCCGCCGCUAAUUAUUUAAGUGCUUUAUACCUCAUACCUCAUUCUAUCUUAAGCAGCUGUCGCCUCGGCGGGAGUCUUAAGUCAGGUCAAUACUUGUGAUAUUAGUGAUAGUGAUACUCUAGCAUAAGGAGUAGCUUAAUAAUAAUUAUAAUAAUAGUAAGAAUAAGAUAAGGAUGAUGGAGACCGCCACGAUGAAAACGGAAAUCGAAGUGGAGAACAUCUACGACUCGCUUCUAGACAGACAGGAGCUGCCCCGCGACCUGUUCAACCACCACAACACUGAGCCGCCGCUCCUGUCCGACGACAUCUGGAACAAAUUCGAGCUCGACUUCCCCGAUCUGACGGGCAACAUGGACGACAUCUUCACCGAACUGGACGGCGGCUUCAACGACGACUCGUUACUGUUCGACAUACUGAACGACGCGCAGAUCCGCAAUCACGACUGCAUGUGGGCAGGACACUGCGGCAGCAAGGAGCAUCCGGCCGACGAGCCGCGUCCCGUUAUCGUGCCCAUCGCCCCGAAGCCGGCGCCGCCGCCGCGUCACGUCAAGCCGCAGGUGCACAACCAGCAGAGUCUGCUCAAGCCGAGGCCGAUGGUCAUGCCGUACGUCGUGACGCCGCAGACGCCGCCCAUGAGCGACGACGAGGAGGGCAAAAGCAAAAAGACGGAGGUGGCGAAGAUCUUGGAAGACACCAUCACCGCCACCCAUCUGUCCGAGAUCACCGAGGAGGACAUCAAAGAUCUGAAGUUUGACGCCGACGGCUACGAAGACGAGUUGGAGGAAGAGGAGGACGAUGAGGAUGAAGAGGAGGAGGAAGAAGAGGAGGAGAAGAAGGAGCCGCCGAAAUAUUCGGUCGCCAGUUAUGCCUCAGUUAACGAUCACAGUUAUCACAAGGAGAAGAACAGUUACGUCCUGGACACCCCCUCAGAUUCCGAAGAGGAAGAAAUCGAUGUGGUCUCGGUGGAAAAGUCCUACUGCCGGAUACCGAGCUCCUUACCCACGAACCCAUCGACCAGAGACAGACACCAGAUACAGAGACGCAUGGCGACCGCCAUAACUAGAAAACGGAUGCCCACCACCUCGAAAACAAUCACCACCCCCAUGAAGAAGACAAUGGUGCAUCAUCACCAACAUCAGCACCAGCAGGAGAGCACGGCGAAACGAAGAAUGGUCGAGGCCCGUUCGGCGAAACGCGCCAAACACUACAGAAUACAGAACAGCACACCCUACAAACGGCGACACGUCUACGGCAACAGCAGCGACAGCGAGCCGGAGCCGUCCGAGAAACGCAGCCUGCACAACAACAUGGAACGUCAGCGUCGGAUAGAUUUGCGGAAUGCGUUCGAGGAUUUGCGAUUGCUGGUGCCGGAGGUAAGCAAAAAGGACCGGGCCGCCAAGGUGGUGAUAUUGAGGGAGGCGUCGCAGUACUGCGACUAUUUGGGCACGGUGUCGCAGGGCUACGCGCGUCAGUGCGACGACCUGAGACGGCGGCAGGAGUGGCUCAGACAGCGGGUGUCGCAGCUCAGAAGGAGCCUGGCCGCCAAGAGAUAAACGAAUUUUCGUCCCACCCUCCCAUUCAAUGAUUUGUUUUCUUAUCAAACUUGUUCAUAUGAUUAACUGUGAUUUAUAUUAAAUUAGGUUUUAGAAUAUUAUUUCUUUUGUGUUAUAUAUGCCUAUAUUGUUUUUUAGUGAAUAAGGUUUUUCAAUUUUUGGAAUAUCUAUUUAAGUUAGUUCAAAUACUUUUAAUGUUUUUAGAGUUUUGUGAUGAUACCACUAUGCUUAUGUGAUACGAUUUUUUUAAAUACGUUUUUAUUUUCCGUUUCUUUGUUCUUUUUCGAAAAUGAAAGAAAAACUAAAACAUUUUAAGUAUUUGAGGAAGAGCAAUAAACUUUUUACUUCAGUUUGAACUCUGUACGGUGUUUGCGUUUGAUGUCGGUAACCAAUUAACUAUGUAAAGGUCUUUUUUGUUUUUUCCAUUAUCUCAAAAUUACGAAAUUACGAAAAGCAAAAAAGAUUUACAAAUCACCAUGUUAUAUUUGUAACUCAUUAACUAAAGUAACCCGAUGUCAAAUUCAAAACUAAAUUUCUUUGAACAAAAAACAAACUGUUCCUUCUAUUUUUCUUAUUUUGUCUCGAAGGAUAGUUUUUUAAGUUCUUGUAUUUUGUUUUUUAUAUCAUGCAAAUUUUAAUGUGUGAUCUGUUUAGUUAUUUGAUUUUUUUACAAACUAUCAGAGUUUUAUCUGAUACUUUAUAUUUUGUACAAAAUUAAAUAUUAUUUUUUAAAGAAAAUUGAUUUGUUUUUGAAUGAAUGCACGUUCGAAUUGCAAUGGAAGUAACUUCCUACAUUCGAAAAGCCACACUUCACCUUUAACUUUCAUUACCUCCGCAUGGACGGUGGUUAAUAGUUAAAUAGUGUAUUUACACGUCAACUUAUUCGAUGCUAAUAAUAUAUUUUAUAAAGCAUGUAUUUUAAGGGCUUUUUUACUUUUAAUUAUUUUAAUUGUUGAUUUAUACAAACUAAUAAUUAAUAAUAAGAGUGUUAUCAAUCCAACUAAAAUUUUGUUAGAUUGUUGUGUUAAAUAUUUGUUUUUUUUUUUUUCUUACUUAUCAUAGGAUUUAUUAAGUCAAAAAAUUGAGUUUUGUGAUAUAGAUUUGAUAAGUUAAGGACCCCUUUAUAGCAUUGCUUUCACUGUGCCAUAUUGGCUUAUUUUUUGAUAUAAUAUGACACACCAAAAAAUCGUUGAAAAAAAAAUUACGAAAAUAUUACGAUGCCGUAAAGGGAUUUUUGUUUCAAUGCAGAAAGAUUUGUAGUUGAUUUUUAUAUCUGCACAUUGAUGUCGUUCAGACUUAAAAGGUGCCAAACCUAUUAAUGAAAAUUAAUGCUCAAUGUGUUGAUACACUGUUAUUUUUAGUGUUUUUUUUUCUUAUAUAUUAUGUAUGUUAGAAUUAAAUUGUGCAUCGUGUGUGAUGCGCAAUUUCAAUAGUCUUCCUCGCCUAAAAAGCUCUGUUUCUAUAUACAGUCGUGAGAUAAAGAGAAUUGUUGUGUUCAAUAUUUUACAGUAUUUUAUACUUUUGAUAAAAUAAAACAAAACACAAAAAAAAAUGAAAAAUAUAUAUAAAGUUAAAAUGUAAUAUCGGUAAAAUAAAAUAAAUAGGCCUAAACAAAUUAUUUUCCUUAUUGUUGAAUGUGCAUUUCAUGAUAGAGUUUAUAUAUAUUGUUACAGAAUGCAUAAUUUUUCGAAUAAGGAUCGAUCCUCUCAUCUCCAAUUGUACCUGUGAUUUAUAACCUUGCUGUCGACCAAAUAUAUAGUAAAUAGAAUAUGUUAAAAGUGACACGAUGGCUUGUUUACUGAUUUAUAUACAGAUCCCUUGUUGCAAAUAUAUAACAGGGCAAUUCUCUAUGCUUAGCGACCAACUGACUAAACAAAACAAAUAAAAGAUUGUUAUGCGACAUUUUCACAAGCAAACGAAAUCAUAUUUUAUGGGAUGUAAUAAUUAAGCCCUCAUACAAUAUAACAUUAUUGUACUUAUAAUUAAUUUUUCAAGGUUUAACAAGUUAUAUUAUUAUAGGUAUAUAUUCAAAUUUUGGUUUUUAGUUCCUUAUAAGUUUUUAAAAUAAACAGUUGCUUAAUUAA